AUGUCCAUCUACAUCCGUGAUCAGCCCCCCUCACUAGCAUUUGCCAUGAUAAAGACAAGGGAGCCUCGCGCAAGGCGCGCCAUCAUUCGCAACUUCACCACUGACAUAGCCUGGGCCUCCUUCAUACUUGCAGCGGUGGUCCUGGCAGCCCAGCUCGUACUGAUUAUAUUCGAAGGUGUUCAGCAAAUUGUCGCCACGUCUUCACAGCGAACACAGGCGGAAGUGUCCAAAAGUUGGUGCAUGUGGUUGACGAAUUACCCCAGCGAUCCUAUCGGUUGCUAUGUUUUUUAUUGCGCUUUCUUGGUCCUCACAACCUUUUGUGGGAGUCACUUCAAGGCCUUUGGCUUCUGGAUGCUGCAGCUCAUAACGCUUGCGACGCUCAGCUUCUCCCUGCACCAGGACCGCCUCUUGUGGGAGAAGACUUGGAGCAAAGCUAUCGGAUCCAUCUGCUUUUCAGUUUUCCGAAUAUUGGCCGCUGCAUUCGUUGCCAACCUGCCGAGCUGGUCAUGGUCUUACAUGGGGCUGUACGAGGAUCGUGCAACUCAUCCUGUUUCAGGAAAGAUCAUCUACAUUCAAAUGCCCAGUUUCGAGAUCCGGAUUAGAACACCCAAAAACUACUUUGGUCGUCUAGGUUUGGCACUUAUGGACAUCAGAAUCAUACUCCUUCGCCUCGCAUACAUUCAACUAUUCGAACAUCUUAUUCGCUUCGCCCACGUACGCAACAACAGAUUGAAUGAGUCGAGCGCCGCUUCUUAUGAGCUCGUCAAACUGGUAACGAUAGUCCUUGGCGUCCAGGCUUUGCAUUUCAGCGUCGUUCGACUCACAACCCACGUUGUUUACUUCUACUACGAGAAGGAAGACCGCGUGACACCACGCCGUCGAAUAUUUUCUCGUUUGAUCGAUGUCGAUACUAUGCACAUUCAGACGAUAGAACUAGACAUAUUGCUGGGGAGAAGUAAAGACAACGGCGCAGAUGAGGCUGGAACGGAACGUGUUGAGGUCAAGGCCGAAUCUAAAGAAGAUGCAACCAAAGAUGAUGGCUGCGAAGAAUCGAAAGGCAGCGUGGAAGUCGUUCAAAUAAAAAGAAAUACUUCAAAAGAUGUGUUGGAUGUAGACAAGACUGUCGGAGAUGUGGUCUGA